CAGUUUCAAACGUCCCCGCGGGGAGAGCGUGUAAAUACUGUGUUGCCAGGUUGGACAGGAAUCCACCUUAUAGCGGAUGGCGCUCACCGUGCAGAGCUGUGCGCGUGCUCCUGCCAUGCAGGCAGCUUGAUGCGAAGAUAAGAAAAACCGGAUCUGGUUUCCGCGAAGAGCGCAAGUAUCCGCUGGAACGGACUUUCCCAACGCGGCAGCGCGGAGGGAUAAACGAGCCACGGACACGAGCGAAGCGCGUUUGUUCCCUGCGUGUGUCCGCGGCUGGACGGGCAGCAGGCUGACACGACUAUUUGUCGCACGUCAGCUGAUCGGCGCUGCUCUUUCUGAAGGCCGAAGCCUCGGAUUUGGGAAAAUACGCACACGCGCUUCCUCCUUCCACCUUCGCAGGAUCGGCGGCUGGCCUGACAUCAUUGGCUGGCAGUUAGGAAUGAAUCAUCGCCUUCCCCGGGGGGGUUCGGGGAUGCUGUCGCUGUCAUAGCACCCAUAAAAUCCCUCGGACACGCAGACCCACCCUCUGCGCUCUGCUGUUUUAAAGCCGUCUCGUCUUUGAAAUCAGCAUGGAGGAACUCUUGAGGAAGCUGCAGAAAGACGCGUCCGGCCACAAAUACAAAGGCAUCCGCGAUGCCUGCGUCUACGCCUGCGAAAUGCUUCAGUCUCAGAAUGGAUCAGCAAAGAUUUCCCCUUCACAGCUUCGAGAGCGCUGUCUGCUGCCUCUACAGAUGGCUCUGGAGUCAAAAAACACCAAACUGGGACAGACUGCACUUACUGGCAUGCAGAAACUCCUGUGUGAGGACAGGUUUGUGGGUGGAGCUAGUGUGGAGGUGGAGGCACUGGAGAAACAGCUGCUCAGCCAGAUGUUGGAGGCUAUCAGAGUUACCCCAUCUCUCCAUGAAGACUUGCAGGUGGAAGUUAUGAAAGUCCUGCUCUGUAUCACCUACUCACCAAACUUUGACAUUAAUGGAGACUCCAUCCUCCGGAUUGCUGAGGUGUGCAUCGAGACCUACAUGUCCAGCUGUCACCAGCGCAGCAUCAACACGGCGGUGAGAGCCACGCUGAGCCAGAUAUUGGGAGACCUGACGCUACAGCUCCGCCACAGACAGGAGGGUGCAGAUGGAGACGAGGUGACUGCACCGCCGCUGCAGAGACGAGAUAUUUCUCCCACCAGCCAAGCUCUGUGUGAAGAUGUGGUCACGGUUCUGACCGUUUUCUGUGAAAAGCUGGAGUCAGUGGACAGUGAUAACCAGCUCCUGCAGCUACUCUACCUGGAGUGCAUCCUUUCUAUGCUCAGCAGCUGCCCUCCCACAAUGCACCUCUUCAGAGGUUUCACAGACCUCGUGUGGAAGCAGCUGUGCCCAUCCCUGGUGGCAAUCAUGGGCAAUCCCGUCAAUGACAAAACUAUUGCUUCCCACCACGGCUACUCAGCGGCAUCAGACCGAGACCGCCUCUCAGAGAGACUCAGUUUAGGAAUGGGCCAGGAGGUGGACUCCUCCUGCGGAGGACUGUCCGAUCAGGGCAGAGGUUCUGGCUGCUCCUCUAGCGCCCCUGCCAGGAUUGCACCGGUAGUGCGCACAGUUUGCUACAUUGCAGCAGAGCUGGUGCGUCUGGUGAGCUGCGUCGAGUCAAUGAAACCGGUGCUCCAGUCGCUCUACCACAGGAUCCUCCUCUACCCUCCUCCUCAGCACCGCACCGAGGCCAUCCGCAUCAUGAAGGAGAUUCUGGGCAGCCCCCAGCGGCUGUAUGACCUCGCCGGUCCCUGCAUGGCUGAGCCUGAGACCAGGAAGCGAUCAUUCUCAAAGAGGAAGUCCCACCUGGACCUGCUCAGACUAGUGAUGGAUGGGAUGACAGAGGCUUGUAUGAAAGGAGGCAUCGAGGCGUGUUACUCCUCCGUGUCUUGUGCCUGUGCCCUUCUCAGCGCACUGGAUGAGCUGUCACAGGGCCGUGGCAUCCAGCCUGAGCAGGCUCGGCUUCUCCUCAGACGACUGGACGAUCUGAAAGAUGGAACCGAGUCGACACGUGAGUCCAUGGAGAUCAACGAGGCUGACUUCAGGUGGCAGAGACACAUCCUGUCCUCAGAGCAGCCUCCGUGGGACCCCAGCUCUUCUUCCUCCAAUGUGGCCACCACCGGCACCACUGAGCGUAGCCCUGACAUCAGCAUCAGGAUCACCACGGAAACGGGCCAAACCACCCUGGAUUUAGAGGUGGGAGAGCUCAGCCUCGCUGUGGGCCACACCAGUCCGGAGGAGUGUGGAGAGGACGCUCGUCUCCCUUCGCCUUCUUUCUGUGGCGAUCAGGAGGAAACCAAACACCAGCCGAUCCCCGUGCCCAACCAGGGAGGCCAGAAGGAGGAAGGAGGGGUGCCCACAGGGGAGGUGGAGGGAAGAGGAGAGAAAGAAAGAGGUGGAGGCGGAGAGAGAGGAGGUGCAGUUCCUCCAGAUGUGGUGCAAAGGAGUCACGCCCUCGUCUACCCCGACAUCACGAACUUCCUGUCUGUGGAAUCCAGGUCUCGGUCGCACCACGGAGGAGGGUCACGAUACAGCGAGAGCAACUUCAGCAUGGAGGAGCAGGACCUGUCACGGACAGAGUUUGACUCGUGCGAUCAGUACUCCAUGGCUGCCGAGAAAGACUCGGGGCGCUCUGACGUCUCCGACAUCGGGUCCGACAACAUGUCGCUGGCUGACGAGGACCAGCAGUUGUCCCGCGACUUCCCAGGUCACCGCUCCCUGCGCACUGCCGCCCUGUCCCUCAAACUGCUCCGCAACCAAGAGGCUGACCAGCAAAGCGCCAGACUGUUCGUGCAGUCUCUGGCUGGACAGUUGCCCCGCCUGCUGGGGAUGUCCACUGCCACGGAGGUGGACAUGUCGCUGCAGAACUUCUCUUCCACCUUCUGCUCUGGACUGCAGGCUGGCGGCAUUCACUCCCCAGGUUUCGAGACAGGCGACACUCUGAGCUGCCAGUCUCUGAUGAACGCAGACGGCCUUUACCUGGUGUCUUACUACGCUCUGCUGCUCAAUCUCAAACUCUGCUGCUGCGGCUACUACAAGCGGCGAACGCUCACGCCCGUCCUCAGCCUGAAGGAGUUUGUGCGUCUGAUCCAGAGCAGCGGCGUCCUCGUGGUUCUGUCUCAGGCCUGGAUCGAGGAGCUUUACCACCAGGUGCUGGAGCGCAACCUGCUGGCUGAGUCUGGGUUCUCGGGUUCUUCAGAGGACCACACACUGCCGCUUAUCACCAUGCUGACAGACAUUGACGGCUUGGGCAGCAGUGCAAUCGGAGGUCAGCUGAUCAGGAGAGCGUCGAGCCACGCGCCGCUCGGCUGUGAAAAGCCGUGCAGUGACGCUGUGAUGGCAGGAGCUGUGUUCUCACGCUUCAUCCUCACCGGUGUUUGGAAAAACCUGAUCGAUGUUCUGUCCACACCGCUGACCGGUCGCAUGGCGGGCAGCUCCAAGGGCCUGGCCUUCACUGGGGCAGAGGGGGUCAAAGAGCAGAGCCAGAGGGAGAGAGACACCAUCUGCCUGAGUUUAGACGGCCUGCGUAAAGCUGCUGCGCUCAGCUGCGCCCUGGGUGUGGCUGCCAACUGUGCUUCAGCUUUAGCCCAGAUGGCUGCAGCCUCCUGUGUGCAGGAAGAGAAGGAGGAGAAGGAGGUGGGGGAGACGGGAGACGCUAUCGCGCAAGUGAAACAGCGUGUUGAGCAGCGUCUGGAGCAGAUCGGCCGUCCUCAGGGAGUUCGCCUCCACACAGCUCAUGUGUUGUGCAUGGACGCCAUCCUGAACGUUGGCCUGGAGAUGGGCAGCCACAACCAUGACUGCUGGCCUCAUGUGUUCAGGGUGACCGAGUACAUCAGCUCACUGGAGCACACCCACUUCAGUGACGGCUCUGCCCAGCCGUCCUCUCUGACCACAAUCACCCAGCAGAGCCAGCAGAUGGCUGGCAUCGACCUCGGGCUGGAGUUGAGCUGCGAACCCAGCCCCGAGGCCUCGGACCUGAGCCUGAGCCAGCCGGUCAUCCAGCCGCUUUCCAUCCAGGAGCUGCUGAAGGAGAGCGGCAGAGGGGGCCGAGGCCUGGACCUGAAGAGCGGCAGCCUGAUGACCGGCACCAGCGCCGCCAAGGCCGUGUGCACGCUGUCAACACAGGCCGACAGGUUAUUUGAAGAAGGGGCCACCAAACUAAACCUGGUUGGUCUGGUUGGUUUCCUGCAGCAGCUCAGAAAAGCUUCUCAGUCUCAGCUGUUUGACUCUCCCACCGAGACUGGAGACUAUUCACUGGCAAUGCCAGGAGAAGCCAAGUCAACGUUGGACCGGCGCAGCGCCCUCCAUCUCUUUCGUCUGGGUGAGGCCAUGCUGCGAAUCGUCCGGAAUAAGAACCGACCCCUUCUCCACAUGAUGAGGGCCUGGAGCGUGGUGGCGCCUCAUCUGGUGGAGGCUGCGUGUCACAAAGAGCGCCACGUAUCCCAGAAGGCCGUUUCCUUUAUCCACGAUGUUCUCACAGAGGUGCUGACGAGCUGGGCGGAGCUUCCACACUUCCACUUUAACGAGGCACUGUUCAGGCCUUUCGAGCACAUCAUGCAGCUGGAGCUCUGCGACGAGGACGUUCAGGACCAGGUAAUAACAUCGAUUGGAGAGCUGGUGGAGAUGUGCUCUCCUCAGAUCCUGUCAGGGUGGAGGCCUCUGUUCAGCGCCCUCAGGACGGUGCACGGUAGCAAGACUGACACCAAAGACUACCUGCUGGGUGAAUACUCCAUGGGGAAGUCUCAGGCGCCGGUGUUCGACGUCUUUGAGGCGUUCAUAAACACAGACAACAUCCAAGUUUUUGCCAACGCUGCCACAGACUACAUCAUGUGUCUCAUGAAGUUUGUCAAAGGAUUAGGAGAGGUGGACUACAAAGAGAUUGGCGACUGCGUUCACGCGUCAGGUUACAGCUCCACAGACCUCUGCCUGCCUGCUCUCGACUACCUCCGCAAAUGCUCGCAGCUGCUGGCAAAGAUUUACAAGAUGCCGUCUAAGCCGGUGUUCCUGGGUGCGCGGCUCGCCAGCCUGCCGAUGAGAUCGCAGGAACGCUCGAUCAGCAGCGAGGACGGCAUGGACUGUGUCCUCCAGGAGUUCGAUGACGACACAGGUCUGAUCCAGGUGUGGAUUUUGUUACUGGAGCAGCUCACUGCAGCCGUGUCAAACUGCCCUCGACAGCACCAGCCUCCAACGCUGGAGCUGCUCUUCACUUUGCUCAGAGAAGUCACCGCAGUGCCAGGUCCAGGGUUUGGCAUCUUCGCUGUCAUCCAGCUGCUGCUUCCUGUGAUGUCACUGUGGCUGCAGCGUAGCCACGGUGACCACUCUUAUUGGGAUGUGGCGGCAGCGAAUUUCAAACACGCAAUCGGCCUAUCCUGCGAGCUGGUGGUGGAGCACGUCAACAGUUUCAUACACUCAGAUAUUGGUUACGAGUCACUGAUCAACCAGAUGCUGAAGGACCUCUUCAAGCUGCUGGUGGCUUGCGUGUCUGAACCUGCAGAGACCAUCUCCAGAGUGGGCUGUUCCUGCAUCAGGUACGUGUUGGUCACAGUGGGUCCAGUGUUCACAGAAGAAAUGUGGAGGUUGGCCUGCUGCGCUCUGCAGGACGCGUUCUCUGCCACGUUAGAGCCGGUCAAGAACCUUCUGGCGUGUUUUCACAGCGGCUCGGACAGCUUUUCUGGAGACGCCUGCGAGGUGAAGGUGGCGGCUCCUUCUCAUUCACCGUCAGCCGAGGCCGAGUACUGGAGGAUCAAAGCUAUGGCCCAGCAGGUCUUUAUGUUGGACACUCAGUGCUCCCCUAAGACACCCAACAACAAGGAAGGCUUUGAGCACGCUCAGUCUUGCGUCCUCAUCAUCGAGCUGCCGUCUGACCAGCAGUCCAAUGGACACGCUCAGAAGAGGAUCCCAUUCAGGACCAUCGUGGUGAGCCUGCUGUCCCACCAGGUUCUGCUCCAAAACCUCUCUGACAUCCUGCUGGAAGAGUUUGUAAAGCAGCCUGAAGGUCACGAAAGGGUCACACCUGUGACCUCUGACCCCAGUAAACCCACGGCAGGCUUCCUGCGCUACAUCUCUAUGACGAAUUUAGCCAUAAUUCUGGAUCUGCUGCUGGACUCGUACAGGACGGCGCGGGACUUUGACACUCGGCCGGGUCUGAAGUACCUGCUGAUGAAGGUGUCGGGUGUUUGUGGAGCAGCCAAUCUUUACCGCCAGUCAGCCAUGAGCUUCAGCCUGUACUUCCAGGCCCUGCUGUGUGCCAUACUGAGCCAGGCAGACAGCAUGACUGCACAGCAGGUAAAGAGGAUCCUGUACGAGGAAGAGGAGGGGAGCUCAGACUCCUCUCAUCCUGGUUCCGCCUCCUCGGAGGAUGAAGACAUAUUUGAAGAAACCGCACAGGUCAGCCCCCCUCGCGGCCGGGAUAAGCGUCACCCGUGGCGAGCUCCAGUCCCUUCACUCAGCGUGCAGCCGGUGGGCAGCGCCGACUGGGCCUGGCUGGUCAAGCGGCUCUACAAGCUGUGCGUGGAUCUGUGCAACAGCUACAUUCAGAUGCACCGCGACCUGGAGAGCAUGCUGGAGGAGACUGCUCUGCUGAGGGGAAGUGCAGGAGGAGACCAUGUGUUCUUCCUGCCUCUCUUCCAGUCCGAGACUUCGACCCCGACCUCAGCAGGCGGGCUUUCAGCGAGGGAGACGCCCUCAGAGGAAGGCGGGUACAGGUGUCAGACGACAGACGUGAGCUCAGCGUCACCGGGGGACACACCGACGCCAAGUCCAGGAUUCAGCUGCACGGGCAGUCUGUCCAGUCAGUUCCGGACUGGAUGCGAACGGAGGGACUCCAACAUAACAAGCAGCUCGGUUGGAGGGAUUCCUGGCAGCGCUGGCCCGGGAAGGAGAAAGGAAUGGUGGGAAAGUGCUGGAAACAAGCUAUACACCAUUGCCACGGACAGAACGAUCAGCAAGCUGAUGAUGGAGUAUAAACGCAGGAAACAUCAGCAGCAGGCCGCAGCAAAGCCACGUCAACCUGUUCAUGAAAGAGCAGGGCCGGGCGGCGGCAGGAGGAGGCGGCAUCGGGGAGAGGAGGGCCCAGUAGAGCCGCAGAGGCCCCCGCAGAGGCCUCAGCAGCUGGUGGACCAGCAGGGGCCCUCUCUGAGGCACUCGGUUAGUGCGGGGCCGGAGGUGCUGAGGCAGGAGAAAAGGCCGCGGUCGGGGUCCACCAUCAGCUCCCACAGCAUCUCGCUGAGAGACUCUGAGGCUCAGAUACAGGCCUGGACCAACAUGGUCCUGACCCUCCUGAACCAGGUCCUCCUACUGUCUGACUCCUCAUUCCUGGCGCUCCAGCCGGCGCUCUACCCCUGCCUCAGCCAGCUCUCCUGCCACGUGACCGACGCCCGCGUUCGCCAGGCCCUGCGCGAAUGGCUGGGCCGGGUCGGCAGACUCUAUGACAUCAUUCUGUGAUGUCGCAGCGAUGAAAUGCAAAAGCAGCGGCCGGAGGCUGCAAAGUGUCGGUCAGUGAGGGACAUAAACAGAUGAAAUCAGAAAUGCUGCCGUAGAUUUUAGGAGCUGAUGAAUGAUCGAUGGUCCUCGCCAACAUUUUGUUGUCAGGCAGUCAUUAAGUGACAUCAGUAUGAAGGAUUUGUUUCCUGAUGAAGGAUACGGUAUGAGGAAUAAAAAUGUAACAGGCUUCUCUAUAUUAUUUGAAAUGUUUCUCAGUAAAUGUGCCGUCUGUGCUCUUGUUACUUGGUUGAACUGUUUCCUGAAUCCUGAACAGUGCAAAGAAACAAACACGGAGCUCUUAAAUGUCAUCUGUGAGUUCUCAGUUUUUGAAGACUGAUUGGCCGAAUCCUAAUUUUGGUCCAGCAUUGUCAUAAAGUCUCAACACGACAAUCACAGAGGCUUUUGAUAAUAUUUCCUCACCCUCGUGCUUCAUUCGUGUCAGUGACUUCCAGGGGUUUUUAACACCCAUGAAGAAGCAGCCAUGUUUACAUUCUUUGCAUUGUUGCAUCUCUUCAUACGCUCGUCUCUAUAACCUCUGUCAUACUCUGUCACCACAUACACGUUGUAUUGCUCCGUAGCGCCACAGGUGGUCCAAACAGCUCUCCCCGGUGCCCGUUUGGAUGCUUUAAUCCUUUUUACAACCUGCUGCAAAUUUACUUCCAGCUCAUUUUUCACUCCCUUUUCCACAAACCCACAUUGUAUCCAGAUGAGAUUAGAUGAUGAGAAAACUGCCUGCUGGCUCUUUGGGAGGGGGCGUGUAGGGAGCUAGAAGACAAAUGGUAGCGAUGUAUUCAGUGACGCCUGCGCUGUUGCUGCAGCGACUCUUACAGAUGGUCUGGUGAUGUCUGGGCACACAAAUCCCAUCUGAUCACUUGCAAAUAACAGCGCAGUCCUAAAGGUCCUAUUUGAGAAACAAAUCUGAUUUGCCUGCUGUCUGAAUAAAGCCCAUGUCUCAGCUCAGCAGGUUUCUGAAAAUCUCCACAGUGCUGAAGACGGGACCAUAAACAAGCCAGUGAAAUCCUGGAGAUCACAAAGGUUCAGCUUAGAACUUUAUUUUUAUCCUGUUUUCCUUCUCAGAGUUCGGAGCGAGUGCUCAUUGAUCCUGAUCACAUGUGGCUCAGAGGUCUGUUUAAGCCUUCUGACAUGAGUAUUAAUUAUUUUAAUCAAAGACGGCGCUCGGUGUGUGUUUUGAUGUUUCAUGCCAGCCGCAUGUCCUUUUUCAUAUCAUCUAUUUAUGCAAAUAUUUAUUUGAAAUAUAUACUGUGUUGAUAAUAUUUUUUUGCAUAUAUGUGCUUGGAGCCUAUUGGCUGUGA